CUUAAAACCACUACUAUUUGUCUAUUCAUUAUGUCUAUGAUCGUAGUAAAAUUUGAUUGGUCAAUAAUAUUGUAACCAAUCAGAAAGCUCCAUAAAGACAAACAACCUUGAACGAAGAGUUAAACAGAGAAAAUUUUGAAAUACACUUUAUUUAUUUAUUUCAUCAAUGUUAUGGAUCGUGAAAGGGACGAAGAGGAAACCUCACUGAUUGUUAUAGGCGCAGGCCUUGGUCGUACAGGAACUAACAGUCUAAAGAUAGCAUUAGAAUUACUUUAUAAAAAACCAUGUUAUCAUUUAAAAGAAAUAUACUUACAUCGACAUUCACAUAUUGCAAAAUGGAUGGAAUUAGAUAAAAAUCUUCGUGAAUCACCUGAUAAAAAGUUGGAUAAAGCAUUAUGUCGUCAAAUAUUUCGAGGAUAUAUAGCUGCUAUUGAUCAUCCUGCAUGUGCAUAUUAUAAAGAAUUGUUAGAGUUAUAUCCUAAUGCAAAGGUUAUCUUAACUGUUCGUGAUCCAGAAAUAUGGCUUGCUGGUUGUCGUUCAACUAUCCUACCCAGAGAUAUUGAUCAACCACGUUCAUUAUCAUUUCGUCUACUUCGCCAAUGUAUUGGUCUCAGCCAAUUUCAUGAAUUAUUUAUUAUGAAUUGGCGACGUGUAUUUGGUGAAGAAAUGGAUUUUUCCAAUGAUACCUUAAUGUUAAAUGGUUUUGUUAAUUGGAAUCAAAAUGUCAUUAAAAAUAUUCCAUCCGAGCGUUUAUUAAAAUUUGAUAUUAGUCAAGGUUGGGAACCAUUGUGUAAAUUUUUAAAUAUGCCUAUACCUGAUUAUCCAUUUCCACAUGUGAAUGAAUACAAUGAAUUGAAACGUUUAAUUAAACUGGAGAAACGUGUUUUAAAAUUUGUACAAUGGAUAUUACCUGUUGUGGUGAUUAUUUUCUUAGCUUAUCUACUUUAUAAACUUGUACUAUAAUGUAGGGAGUAGUCAAAAUAAGCGAGUGAGUGAGUAAAUGAAUGACUAUGCAGUAUAUUGAUUUUUUUAUUAUUACUAUUUAUUUUAUGAUAUACUUUGUAAUAAUGUCUUCUUUUGUUGUAUUCAACAUGUUUAUUAUUUUUGUUAGUAGUAGUGGUUGUUGUUGUUGUACAAGUUGAUUUUCUCUCGUCCCCCGUCUGAACCCACCCACCCCCGCCCACUUCGCUCCUUUGCAUCCUUCUGUUGUGUUGUGUUUUUUAAAAAUUUGUUUGUUUGAGUUGUGCUCACUCUUACUCUCCUUCCUUUUCACCUUCAUUUACUGUCUUUUUGAUAUUAGUGUGAGUGUGUGUAUAGUUUGAUUACUUCUGUCAAGACACGCCUAUAUUUUCUGUGUGCCUUGUAUAUAUAUUACUAGAUUGGUCAGUUUAAACGAUAUGUAAUAAAAUGCAGCACAUUUUUUAAACUCGU